ACGGACUCUUGACAGCGCCGGGCUCCAGUAUUAGCCUGCAGGUGCCGCAUCGCCGUACAGUAUAAUAGGGAGAGGAAAGCAGGUUUUUGUAGCGAGGGGACACAUCUCAGUGGCAGAUAUACUAGCCAGUGCUCCUCCUAGGCUAUAUAGGCAGGGAAACGCCACAAUAACCAACCAAAGGGUGCCAGAGGGUAGAGAGGAGCGCAGAAGGCAAUCCACAUCCAUCUGCCAGCCACUUAGACCGCGCUAACAUUUCCAGUCCGGAUUUCAGCACAGCUGUCCAGCUAAUACUACCAGGAAAAUGUCUGCCCCAGCCGGAGCCCCUGCAGAUGGAGGGAAUCAGCCCCCCAACCUCACCAGCAACCGUCGUCUGCAGCAGACACAGGCACAAGUGGAUGAGGUGGUGGAUAUCAUGCGUGUAAACGUGGAUAAGGUCCUGGAGCGUGAUCAGAAGCUGUCAGAACUGGACGAUAGGGCUGACGCCCUGCAGGCUGGAGCCUCUCAGUUUGAGACCAGCGCUGCAAAACUGAAGAAUAAAUACUGGUGGAAGAAUGCCAAGAUGAUGAUUAUCCUGGGUGUGAUAUGCGUGAUUGUCCUCAUCGUCAUUAUUGUGUACUUCAGCACCUAAGAAGAGUUGCUCCUACCCCAGUCUAAUCCUUCCUUGCUACAGAAAAAAAACACCCUCAAAUUGAUUACAAAAUUAACCAUGAUAAUUCAUUUAUUAUGUAUAUCUCCCGAUUAGCCUCAAUAUAACACACCUAAACCUUCAGGGUCCCAUGGCUCCCCCACUUCCACCACCUCGCCUCUGGAUCCCUGUCAAUAUUUGUCCUGUGAGUGUGUGGCCCUGUCUCCUUUCUGGGUCCUCUUGGCUUUUCUAACCUGCCAUACUGAGAACCAAACACUUGUGACGAUGCAACAAAAGAAAAGGAAACAACGAUUGGCGAUAAUUGUUACAUAACUGAUAUAUAUAGUUCUUUGUAGAGUUUUAUUCUGAUAUAUACUGUUUUGUAGGUGUGUGUGCGUGUGUGUGUGCAUUUUGUAUUUUUUAAUUUUUGUAUUAAUUUUACGUAUGCUUCAGCGUUACUACUGCCUAUUAAUCAAAGUGUGUAUCUUGCAUGUUAUCAUCAUCUGUCUGCCCCCCUGCUUACUCUCUCUUUUUGGUGUAUUUUUGCACAGUGGAGUUAGUCUCCAUUUGACAAUGGAAAUACCAUUUGAUUUUUCGAGUUCAUCUGUGUUACUCGUGUCCACUAAGAAAGUCCAAAAUAAGCCAGAGAACUAAAACUUGUACUAAGAAAAUAUCAUCAAGUUACAACAAAAUGUAACUAUGAUGUAGACAAAACUUCUUCAGCUUUACUAUAGCUCCAGAUUUCUGUAACUUGAUGCCAUCAAAGAGUCCAAGUCUUAGCUUCUUUGCUGGCUUUCUGAGAGAGUUAAUGCUCACUGAUAUUGAUCAAACAUACAAAUAAUGCAUGAAUUGUCCAACUAAUCCCUCGUGAUCAUCAUUUCCCAGCCCUUUCCAUCUGAUCCUCCCAGUAUCUGUGUCAUUUCUAUUUCUCCAUUUCACUCUAAUAACUUUCAUCUUUAACAUCUUAAACCCCUCUUCUGUCUGUCGGCAUGCUUGACCACCUCAAUGUCUUCUGCUAAUUUCUAAACUGCCAUAGUACAGUUGGACCAAUGUCUGUAGAUGUUUCUUUUUUAUUUAAAUAUUACGUAGUGUCUUAUUUCGAAAACAUUCCUUCAUUGCAGUCUAGUGCAAAUGGUCUUACCGUAGCACAUGUAAGUGUAAGUAUCUUUAAAAAAAAAUACAGGCGACGAAAAUUGUGUCAAAAACGUCGGUCAUACAAACCAUAGGAGAAAAUAGUUAUAGUUAAUAGCUGUAAGGGAUUAGACUUUCAAUCUCAGUCCGAAUUACUUUCUUUUGUAAUAUGUGUGAUGUUAUCUUAACAUUACACUUACAGUAUACUGUGGAGAUGUCAUUAAUGUCAAACUGUGGAUAUGGACUUGAAAAAAACAAAACAAUUCUAAUGCCAGGUGAUAAAACGGGGCCAUUGCAUGAAUUGAUUCAUUUCCAUAAAGCAAAGGUUAAUUCUUACUGGCCUGUUACCUACAUGGAUACUGAAAAGCCUUAGUCUCCAGUCACUUCUGUUAGUUACUGUAGAAUAAUUCCAGUCAAACACACCCUCACACUUUUAGACUGUGUAGGGGGAGUGGCUGACUGCAGAGAAGGAAUCUGUUUAAAAUGCACAAACAACCUUGUUUUUGAUGGCGCUGUCUGGCUGGUCAAUAGCCUGGCCAAAGGAGAUCCUCGUGCAGCAAAACCUCUCCACAUGAAGAGCACAUACAAAAAAGAGACAAUUCAGCCUUAUUUGCUAAUUCAGGAACAUGGACAGAGGCUAAUGAGGAAACUGUCAAAUUCACAGUUGAGUUUUAGGUCAGCAACUUUGGGGUAGGCUCAGUAAUUCACUGUCAAAAGUUAGCGACAAGAAACGUGAGAAGCAAUUAUUCAAAACAUAGCACUCUUAAGAAGAGUGUUUUGCUAGCGCAGUGGUUCUGUCUCAGUGUUUCUCCCUAUAGUUAAGGCCUUUUUUCUUUUUUAAAUAUAAUAGAUUCUAUUUUUAUUAUAGUAUAUUUUUGUGUGAAACAGACAGGUAAAGAGGAAGUGUGCAAUCAGUACUAUUUGCUGCCACACAGCAGUAAGAUCCUCUUUACCUCUGUCUGGUGUGUUUUUUGUAAUUCAGCUCUGUGCGUUAUACACUGCCAAGCAACAAGGGAGAGGCUUCUAUUCUUAUUGCAGUUAUUUCUUUCAUUGGUGCCCUCGCUGGUUUGGUCUUAAAACAUUCUUUUACAUGUUUCUGGCAUCUACUCCUGUGUAUACUACCCUUUUGGCUACUUUAUGAACAGGAGAGCAGGGCAAUAUGAUGCACUUGUUUUUUAAUGCGCUGUCAAACUAAGGCCUUGUACACAUGAACAUGAGAUGACAUACACCUAAAAGUCCUUGAUUUAAACUAUUUUACUUUCAACUCUAGAAGGUCUUUAUUUACAGAGUUUUACUUGUGCUAAAUAUAAGAUCGGAAUUUGUUGGAAUUCAGUGAUUCGGUGAAAUCUGUGUCUCAUGAAACGGACAAUUUUUAAGUAUGCAGGCCUGCAUUAAUAAAUGCUGAACAGGAAGCAACUCAGCUUAUGCUCUACUGCCACUAAGGUCAAUCCUACAAUGUAUAAGUUUUGAUUUUAGAUCUUACAGUAGGCUACAGUCACUGAAUAGAUUUGAAGACCACAAAAUCACCAACAAUAUUUCAAAAACAAGUGUGUGUAAAGCCUUAGUAGCUUUGUCUCUUUUCAACAUUUUUAUCUUUCCCACCAGCUGAUCAGACCAACCUGCCCCCUGCCCCCCU